AUGUCCUUCACAUCUCUCGGCUUCGCAUUCGGCUUCCUUUGCUCGCUUGGACGGAGUCAACUUCUUGCCGCAGGAUCCGUUGAGAGUGGCUGCGCUGCUGUGACGUUGGACUCCGAGCCUGGCCUGCUGCACCUGCUUCAGGCGGCUGUGGCCCGUGGGUCACCAGCCUCGCGGGCAAAGGCCAUAGGCCCUCUGUCCCUGGUGUCGACACAAAGAUCGGAAGUGAGCACCGGGCUUGUGGCCAUCAUGGAGAAAGCCAGUACCGGCCAAUGGAGUUUGUACAAGGAGGUUGUUCAAGACAACAUCGCUGGUGGUGCUUGGCAGGCCCUCAUCUUCACAACCAUCUUCCUAGCAUCGGUCUUUGGAAUAUACUGGAUGGCAUGCAUCCCCAGUGAGGACAAGCAUGACGGAAGAGAUCCCAGGAUGCUGGUUGGAAGAUCUCAUGGAACUGCUGGCCAACUGCUCUCAGGCAGACAGAUGUACCCCGCGAUGUCCCAGCGCCCCACCCUCGAAGCUGGCUCCGUGCGGUCGCUGAACCCGCUGAACCCACCGUCCUCAAUGAGAUUGAGCACCGCGCGGAAGUCCACAGGUGACAACUGGUACCCGGAGCUGCCCACCAUCUACCCGCCACUGGUGAUUCCAGCUGCCCACACGCGCCUGGCAGUGCCGGUUUCGCCGCUGUUUCACGACCAGUUCGAGGUGGAUGUGCUCGGAUUGUCAGGCGUGCCUUUGCUUACGGCAGCGCUCAUGCAGGAAAAUGGCUUGCGAAAGGUCCAGAUCUCAUUGCACAGCGCGGGCACCCUCCUGGCAAUUGUCACCUCCGCCAAAGAAGUCUUCGGCAGCGAUGGAACUCACUUCGGAACACUGGUCCAGGAGGGCGACCGCCCCGAGUGCCUUCAGCACACACUUCGGGAUCGAGCUGGGCGACCCCUCCUUGCUGUCAGCACACGCCAGGACCGAAGAGAUUACAAGAUGACCUCUAUCUCCGGAGGGCGCGUGCUCGAGAGGGCCACGGCAGUCCGGCGACCAGCCGGCAAAUUGCCUGCGGAGCACUAUGAGGUUGUUGCAAAUCCAAAUGUGGAUGCGGUGCUGGUGAUGGCCUGCUUCCUCGCCGUUUUGGUCUUCAAGUCUUCGCCGAGCUCGCCAAUUGCAAGAUCUGGCGCAGGCCGGCCUUCUGGCGAGACGGCCAACCUCACCGGCCGCUUUUGGGGCUACAGAGAGGACUGA